GCCCCCCCUCCGCCCCACACUUUGGGCGCCGGAGCGGAGGGCGAUGGCGGCGGAACUGGGGCAGCAGACGGUGGAGUUCUCCGCCCUUGUGCGACGAGCCGCGGAGGAUUCCUACCUCGCCCUCAAAGAGCUGGUGGAGCGGUCCCGGGCGCCGGAGGACCAGCGAUCCGACUCCGAGAAGAAGAUAGACCUCCUCAAGUUCAUCGCCAAGACUCGGCAGCGGAUGCUCCGCCUCCAUGUGCUCGCCAAGUGGUGCCGACAGGAAAAGUAGUAGCCAAAUUCUGUGCAAAAUACCUGCACACUCAAAUUCUCAAGUAUGAGCCUCAGUUGGGUGGUGAUUUAUCUGCUUCAGUACAAAAAGCAUUUUUAAGAAUGGAUGAGAUGAUGAAAGGACAGAGAGGAUGGAGGGAAUUAGCUGUACUGGGGGACAAAAUGGACAAGUUCACAGGUUUAAUUGAAGGAUUGAUAUGGUCCCCAAGGGGUGGUUAUUCCAGUGAACAUUUAGAUGAAUGGGCAUAUGAGGAGGGACCACAUUCUGAUUUCUCUGGACCGACAUCUGGAAGCACAGCUUGUGUGGCAGUCAUCAGAAACAACCAACUCAUUGUUGCAAAUGCUGGUGAUUCUCGUUGUGUACUCUCGAGGAAGGGUCGGGCAAUUAGUUUGUCAACAGACCACAAACCAUAUCUUGUUGAGGAGAAGGAAAGGAUCGUAAAAGCAGGUGGUUUUAUUCAAGCAGGACGAAUAAAUGGAAGCUUAAACCUCACUAGAGCAAUUGGCGACAUGGAAUUCAAGCAAAAUAAGUUUUUACCUGCUGAGAAGCAAGUUGUGACAUGCAAUCCAGACAUAAACAUUGUGGAGCUAUGCGAUGAUGAUGAAUUUCUCAUUUUAGCAUGUGAUGGAGUCUGGGAUUGCAUGAUAAACCAGCAACUGGUGGAUUUCAUCACUGAGCAUAUAAAAACGGAGAGCUGCCUGUCUGCAGUAUGUGAAAGAGUGUUGGACCGGUGUCUGGCACCAUCCACCAUUAGUGAAGAGGGAUUGGACAACAUGACGAUGAUACUGGUGCAAUUUAAUAAGCCGAUCAGACCUGAUGCUCCUCAUACAUAAAAAUGAUGAUAUGCUGGGUGAGACUGAAGUUCCAAGUGAUCCUUCUAUCCUGCUGUAGAUUUGAAGUGUGUUGUACAUAGCAAUAUAUCCUCUUGAAGGUUGUAGCGUAUACAUUUGGACAAAUCAUCAUAUGGCAGUGAAUUAGUUGCGGGUGAUCCCAAAGUUCCCAUCUUUAACCCGAUAGUUAGUAUCGAAUGUAUAAAGCACUAUUCAUUUGGUUUACGGAGUGCUGAAGAACUAAAUGGUUGACUUUACUCUUCUCAUAUGACAUGAUGACCUAUGGAUAAAAUCGCAUGAUGUGUAUUUUCUUAAA